GAAACUUCAACUUCCAUUCUUCUUCUAAAAGCAAUGUUUUGAAGAUAAUUUUUCACUCACUUGACUUUUUUUUUAUCUUUCCAAACUAUGAUCUGCACAGAGGCUCUUCAGCGGAUUUCGUUCUCGAGUGAUCUUGGUCAAUCGGAUAAAGCACCACCACCUGUAAUAGAACCAUCAGGCCUUAUCCGAAGAGAUGAAACUCUUCUUGAUUCAUCAAACUCGGACUUCGAGUUCCAUAUCUCAAACAACUUUGAUCCUGGAGACUCCUCACCAGCGGAUGAGAUCUUUGCGGAUGGUAUGAUCCUUCCUUUCCAUGUAACUGCAGCUUCGACCGUGCCAAAACGUCUCUACAAGUACGAACUGCCUCCCAUUACAUCCUCCCUUUCUCCAUCUCCUCUCUCGCCACAACCGUUACCCACAAAACACAGCGAAAAGGAAACCAACGGGAGAGCAAGCGGAGCAAACUCUGACUCAGAAGCAGAGAAGUCAUCAAAGUCGUUUUGGAGUUUCAAGAGAAGCUCAAGCCUAAACUGCGACAUAAAGAAGAGUCUCAUCUGUUCGUUUCCUCGGCUGACAAGAAGCAACUCUACAGGUUCGGUUACUAAUUCUAAGAGAGCAAUGCUGAGAGACGUUAACAACCAUAGGCCCUCUUCUCGGUCCUCUUCUUCCUCUAUCUGUUGCAAUGCGUAUCAGUUCAGACCGCAAAAGCACGCAGGAAAGAAAGGUGAAGGAGGAGGAAGCUUUUCGGUCAUUCCAGUCCUCAAUGGUCCAUCUACAUUUGGGUUAGGAUCGAUCUUACGCCAUUCGAAAGAUAAGACGAAGACAAAGAAGAAGAACAAGAAGUAGAUGAUAAAAGAUGUUCAGAGUUUCAAUCAAUUUUUUCUUCUCUUUUGAUUGUGUCUACAAAUUGUUGGGGUUGUGUUUGUACACAUUUUAAUAGUAGAUGGUCACAGCAGCAAGAGAUUAUUAGAGUUUCAAUCAAUUCGUUUUUCUGUU